UUUAAAGGAACAGCACUACGACAUGCUUUGGUUAGCAGUCUUGUGGCAGUGUGCUUCCUUGUUCUCCUCUACAUGUACAACAACCCCAACAUCCUGUCCUACUUUUCAAACAAGUCAACAAAUGUCAGUCCAGACAUGCAAAAUCAAGAGGGGAAUCAAACAAAGGUCCCCAAUCAAACCACACCACAUUCCCAGAAAGCAGAAAAGCAGAACUUUCAAGUGAUCUCCAGAGAUGACAAUCCAGAACCGGACACUAUUCUCUUGAUCUGGAUGUGGCCAUUUGGAAGUUCUUUUGACAUUCACUCAUGUGCUGAUUUCAACAUUCAACACUGUCACUUGACCGACGACAAGAGCCUUUAUAAUAAGGCACACGGUGUCCUCUUUCACCACCGGGACAUCCAGGGAGAUCUGGGCAAUAUGCCACAAGAACCACGACCCUGGUUCCAGAAAUGGGUGUGGUUUAAUGCUGAAUCACCAGCCAAUUCUAACCCGUGGCCCAAAUUUGACAACAUUUUUAAUCUGACCACAAAUUAUCGACAGGAUUCCUCUGUGCCUGUUCCUUAUGGUUCCUUAGUUGAGGUAACAGGUGUGGACAAACACUUUGAGCUGCCAACAAAGGAUAAAUUGGUGUGCUGGAUUGUGAGCAACUGGCACCCAUCCUUCAGAAGAGUUCAGGUCUACAAUGAGCUGAGUAACCAUGUCAAAGUAGAGGCCUAUGGACGACACUUUGGUAAGUAUGUAAACAACGAAGACUAUACAAAAACCAUUUCUGGAUGCAAAUUUUACCUGUCCUUUGAAAAUUCAGUCUUCAAAGACUACAUCACUGAGAAGUUGUACAAUGCCAUGAGUUUAGGAGCAGUCCCAGUAGUUCUGGGCCCAUCCAGGCAAGCCUACGAAGAAUUCAUUCCAGCUGAAUCUUUUCUUCAUGUGGAUGACUUCCCCAAUCAAAAGGAACUGGCAGAUCGGCUGCUUUUCCUUGGCACGAACGAUGAAGAGUACAUGAAGUACCACAGCUGGAGGAAGAACUUUAAAGUUAAGGGCGGGUAUUUUGGACUAGAACAUGCAUGUCGAUCAUGUGAUUACAUUUCACGGAAUAAACGAUACCAUGCUAUUAAAAAUCUGAAUCAAUGGUACUGGGGCUGAACAGGUUGCUUGCGGUGGUUUUAGCACACUUUCAAAAGGGUUUGAAUGUUGGGAUAAACAUACUACUGUAAGUUUGCAUUGCCUUAAGGCCUAGGCUAUUUAUGCU